CCAUCCCGCCUCCCGGGACGGCCGAGAAGCCGCAGGAACGCCGCAGCCGCGUUCCUUUCAGCGCUGCAGUCCCCGCGCCCCCGCCCGCAGGGCCGCCGCCUCCCGGCCCGCCCCGCCCCGCUCCCGGCACCCACCGUGCGGGCGGGCCGGCGGAGCGGAGGGCCGGAGCCGGUGGCGCAGGAAAUAAACGGCUUCUAAUGCGAGGAGCACGAUGAAAUUCGGCUGCCUUUCCUUCCGACAGCCCUACGCGGGGCUGCUUCUAAACCAGGUCAAAACAGUAGAGACUCGCUGGCGUCCUUUGUUAGCAGGCUACAAGAACUGCACCAUUGCUAUUCAUAUAGCUGUUAAGGACUGGGAAGAUGAAACAUGGAGAGAAAUUCUUCUGAAUAGGUUUGGCAUGACACCAAAACAGCUGCAAGAUUUGUUGGAUGAAGGGGAAAAAUUUGGCAGAGGAGUUAUUGCAGGAUUAAUUGACGUUGGAGAGACAUCACUAUAUCCAGAAAACCUGCCUCCUGAAGAGAUUCUGGAGCUGGAAAACAGAGCUGUCCUCAGUAAUCUAGAACAGAAAUACUUGACUGUUGUUUCAAAUCCCAGAUGGCUCCUGGAACCAAUUCCUGCCAGAGGGAGAACAGGGGUGUGGCAGGUGGACAUCCCUGAAGAACUGAUCCCUUCAGAAUUGUAGGUGUUGCCCCUUACUAUUAUUUUUCCUGCCUAAGUGCACACUUGUAUUUAAGAUGCUGACUUGUAAAAUACAUCAGCAUCUUGUUUAGGAUUCUAUUCCAAAACUAUUUGAUAUGGCAAAUACAUUUGAAGAACUGCUUUUUUGAGGCAAAACAAACAAGAUGUGUCUUUAUGACUAUUACAUGAAAUUGUUUUUCUACAUUUUUCCUGUACAAACAACUAAAUGCCAUUUUUAAAUGUACAGUUAUGCAUUGUGUGCCAAUUUAAAUGUAAAUUAAAAUUAUUUUUUGAUACCUGCAUCUCUGAUUAUAGGAAAAUGGUGCUUAAAAGCAGACUGCCACAAUUUAUAGGACAUCUGUCCCAGACCACUCCUUGUCCUGCCUUACAGAUAGAUUCUUUUCAUUCACAUUUCAGGCACACAAGGUGUGCAUAUGAUGGAUAUAGCUCUGUGACCUGACAGACACUGCAGAAAGGCCAGUUUGAGACAGUGCUUGUACAAAAUGAAACUGAGCAAGUAUGAAAUUUUUUCCUCUUACUUAAGAUGAAAAAUACUAGUUGUCUUUGAAAAUAUAAUACUGAAUUCAAAACAAGUGUGAAGAAUUACAAAUAAUAGCCACUAAGCUUUGGCACUCUAAAGAGUUUUUCAAAAUUCACACCCUACAUUACAGUGAGAAUCCUUUUGAUUUUCUGGAGCAAGGCCACACCUAGGCAUGGCUCUAAAAACAGAACAGGACAAGUGGUAGAGUCUUAAUAUUCAGACACUUUACUGUUCCCUGGGUCUACAACACUUCUGCCAGAGCUGUGGGUCCUGGGCCAGUGCCUGCAGCUCCAUGGUCCUCCAGCUGGAGCUGGGCUGUGACCUGGAGGCACAGCAAGCUGCUGCCAGCACAGCUGCAGGGGUGGGAAGUGACAGCAGGGCUGGGUGAAAUUCCCUGAGCAGUUCCGUGGCCCCAUCCAGGCCCUCCUGUGCCUUGGCUGAAGGGAAGGUCAGCAGCGCAGACAGAGCUGUAUGGACACCACUGCCUGAGGACCUGCCUUGGCACUGUGCUUGGCAGGUGAGGCUUUCCCCAGUGCAGAGCUGUGCCAGUUCUCCCUUGCCCCUGCUGUGCAUGGACUGCUCUCCUCCUGGGACGUGGUUUCUCAUGCAAGCUCAGCCUCUGAUUUUCUUCUCCAUGGUGGCGUGCAGGCAAAUUGAUGUCCAGUAACAAUCCCGCUGAUGUUUGAUUUGUUGAACCAGAAUAUCAUUUUUUAUAUAUAUAUAUAAAAUAAAACUGCAACAAAAUUUAAA